AGAAAGAGAGAGAGAGCUCCUGUUGCUUGCGGCAGCUUCGACAGCAUUCUUCUUGAGUCAAUUUAAGAUGCAUUUUGGGCGCGGUGGACAAUCAUUUUGGACACUGAUAUUAACUUCUUUGUCACUAUUGGGAGGACUCCUGGCUUCCACGUCUUCCCUCAGCCCAGCGGCACCUAAGCUUCUUAUCCAUUCAUGGUCCACAAGCUCAGCGCUCCUAGUCUGUCGGGCCUCAGAGGGCCAACGUGGGGUCCAAUUCAUACUCUUCCGAUUCAGAGAGGAGGUGGACUCAAUGGAGCUGCAGUCUCCUGCUGAGGAGGUUCACUUCACUGUCCAACUCAAGAAGGGAACAGAACCUGAACUUUUUUGCUGUUUGUACAAGAACCUGCAAGGCCUCUACAGUGCUGUCAGUCCUUACUUACCUAUAGAGCAGCAAAGAGGUGUUUCCCCACCUUCAGCCAUCCCCUCCCUGCCACCUCCAUUCUUAUCAGUGGAGCCUCCAAGUGACAAGCCAGACAAGCUGCCUGUGCCCACCAUCCUUCUCCAACAACACACGCAAGUGUGGCACAUGCUCUGCACAGGGUCCCCCGCAUACCCUGGUGCAGUUUUCACCCUGUACCUGCUGGACAGUCAACGUCCUGUCUCCAGUCACCGUGUACAAGCCACCAGCCAUGAGACCACAUUCCCAGUGCCAGUCCAGGACACACUGGUGGCCUUCUACCAGUGCCAGUACAGUGUCCUCUUGGGCGGGAAGUGGACUAAUUCUGAACGCAGCCGCCCUCUGGCUGUUUCCCGAGGUCUUCCACCUGCAUCAACACCAGAUGUGCCAAGUGUGGACUGGCCUCUUGUUCUGGGUUGUUUCUCUGCUGUGGUGCUCUUCCUCUGCUCAGUGGCGCUGGUGGCUGUGGUGCUCCACAAGAGAGUCAAAGCAGCAGCUGAGGAAAAGAAGAAAAGGCAGGAAGCAAAGUUUUGGACUGAGGUUCACACCAAGGACCAUGUGGUUGACCUUACCGUCAGGUGUUCCAGCGUCACCUCCCAGGAAUGGGCCAAUGGGAACACAACCUCCAGAUCUCCAUUAUGGAACUCCCUCGCCACGUUCACAAACCCCAUCCAUUAGAAAGCUUUCUUCGGUGUAUUUAUACUUUGUUAAAGUAUAUCUACAAUAUGUAGCAUCAGCCGCCUUUCACGCAGCAGGACCGGAAAAGCAAUUUCCUCAAGUUCCUCUUUCACUUGUACUUACAAUUAGACUGAAUGAGGUGUUUGUUAUGUACAGUAUUACGCACAUUUAGUUGUGGCACUUGUAUUGUGGGACCUCUAUUUUUUCUUAUUUUAAAAAAUACAGUAUAAUUGCAUUAUACCUAUACAGUUAUAAUCCAUCCAUUUUCUAUGCCACUUCUCCUCAUUAGGGGCGCGGGCGCAUGCUGGAGCCUAUCCCAGCUGACUUUGGGUGACAGGCGGGGUACACCCUGGACUGGUCACCAGCCAAUGGCAGGCCACAUACAGUAUGGACAAACAACCAUUCACACUCACAUUCAUACCUAUGGACAAUUUAGAGUGGCCAAUGAAUGCAUGUUUUUGGAAUGUGGGAGGAAACCAGAGUAACCGGAGAAAACGGGAGAACAUGCAAACUCCAUAGAGAAAUGCCCCAAGGGAGAUUCAAACCCAGGUCUUCCGGCUCUUCAGACUGUGACUGUGUGGCCAACAUGCUAACCACUCGGCCACCGUGCAGUUAUAAUAUACGGCUCAAAAAAAUUAAAGGAACACUUU